AUGGACCAUUCCGGUUGGCAGCCGUACCAAGAUCCCAUGAUGGGCCAGCCCCCCGCGCAGUUCAACGGCUUGGCGAGUCACCCUCCCCAGCAGCUGAGUACCAAGUAUGGUCAGCCGCCAGCCCAGGCACAACCGCCCAUGGGAUACACGUACGAGCACUAUCAGACUCUCGGCACAUCCUCCAAACCUCUCUCUGCCCACGCUGCUCAUCCCGGGUCAAAACCUGCCUCGAUGGCCUCCUCCCCCACAGCCACGCCACGCUCUCGGGAUUAUGUGACCGACACGGACACCACCAUGGAGGAUGCAGAUCCAUACAACCGGGCCAAGUAUCCGUCGCGACCAGCUCAUCAGAGUCGGGCAUCCUCGCAAUUCCUCAGCCAGGCUGAGGAAUCGUCGGCUGCACGCAGGUAUUCCCCGAUGAACGUGCUGUCGCCGCCCAUGUCGUAUCCCACCAGCCCCGGAAAGACCCAAGGCACGUACGAUUCGUCUCCAUCGGCCUCUGCGCAAGCUCGGCGCUCGCCCGCUCGCGCGGUCAACUAUGUCUCUCCGCCUCACAGCUACCAGUCCCCUCCAUCUGCUGGUCGAGUCCCUCGUCUUCCCCCGCUCCAAGCAGGCGACUUGAAUACAGACCACUUCUUCCCCUCGUCCGCCUCUAGCCACAUGAGUCCAGCAUAUGGAGCAGGAUCGCGGUCGCCACGGUCGGCCGCGGCGCCAGCGCCCUACCCUGGCCGUGGUCCAGUGCCCAAGUUCCAGAAGAUCAAGAGCGUACAGGAAUUGCAACCCCGAGUUCACACGCAGCCUGCGUAUCGACGAGCUAAUCCCGAGGGUGGCUUCAUUAGCGUAAGUGUCACAUUGAAUGCAAGCGCAUUUGGAGCCCUUGCUAACCACUGUUCCUCUGCGCAGCCUCUUCAAGCAUUGACGACUCACCUCCCAUCAACGUACCGCAUCUGCAAUCCCAACUUCAAUUACGAAUCCUCGCGAAAUCCUCGCCGUGUGUUGACAAAGCCGAGCAAGGGAGUGAAGAACGACGGUUAUGAUAACGAGGACAGCGACUAUAUUCUAUAUGUCAACGAUAUCCUGGGGAGCGAAGAAGCCGGUCACAAAAAUCGGUAUCUCAUUCUCGAUGUUCUAGGCCAAGGUACUUUCGGCCAGGUGGUCAAAUGCCAGAAUCUGAAAACCCAAGAGGUAGUGGCUGUCAAGGUCAUCAAGAACAAGACGGCAUAUUUCAACCAGAGCAUGAUGGAAGUGUCUGUUCUGGACCUCCUAAACAGCAAAUACGACAAGAACGAUGACCAUCAUCUUCUUCGCCUCAAGGAUACUUUCAUUCACCGGCAACAUCUGUGCCUUGCGUUUGAGCUUCUGAGUGUCAAUCUCUAUGAGUUGAUCAAGCAGAACCAAUUCCGAGGCCUCAGCACAACGCUAGUUCGGGUGUUUGCUCAGCAACUGCUGAACGCCUUGAGCCUGUUGAACAAGGCUCAUCUUAUUCACUGCGACUUGAAGCCUGAGAAUAUUCUUCUCAAAAACCUCGAGAGCCCCAUCAUCAAAGUCAUUGAUUUUGGCUCAGCAUGUGAUGAGCGUCAGACUGUGUAUACUUACAUUCAAUCCCGGUUCUACCGCUCACCUGAAGUAUUGCUUGGUUUGCCGUACUCCUCUGCGAUCGAUAUGUGGUCACUUGGCUGCAUUGUCGUUGAACUUUUCCUCGGAUUGCCUCUUUUUCCCGGUUCCUCCGAGUAUAAUCAGGUCUGCCGAAUUGUUGAGAUGCUUGGUCUUCCCCCAACAUGGAUGUUGGAGAUGGGCAAGCAAUCAAAGGAGUUCUUCGAAAAGGGUCAGGACGAAUACGGUCGCACGACCUACCGCCUCAAAACCUUGGAGCAGUAUUCACGAGAGCACAACACCAAGGAACAGCCCAGCAAGAAGUACUUUUCGGCGUCAACUCUGGAAGAAAUCAUUCGGAGCUACCCCAUGCCGAGGAAGAAUAUGAAGCAGGCUGAGAUUGAUCGAGAACUCAACAAUCGGGUAGCCUUCAUCGACUUUGUUCGUGGUCUUCUCACGAUCAACCCGCUCGAGCGCUGGUCGCCGCAGCAAGCCAAGUUGCACCCCUUCAUUACCCAGCAAAAGUUCACUGGGCCGUUCAUGCCGCCCAUGAACUUGAAGUACUCGGCUCCAAACAAGACUGUAGCCCCAGGUGUUCAGCAGCAGCAACAAGCCGAGGCUGCUAGCAAACAGCGAGCCGCCCAAGUUGCGCAUGCGCAGUCGGCAUAUAACAUGCAGAUGAAUCAAUUCCACACGCCGCCCGCCCAUAAUGCGCAGGCCCCGCCGGUUUACAAUGGAAUGUAUCAACAGGGCGCGCCCCCGCCGUACCCAACGCAGCCGCCCGGCUAUGGUCAUCAGGUGGGAAUGGCCCAGGGCCAGGUUCCUCAGCAAGGUCAAUACGCCCCAUCUCAAAGUCUUUACGCCCAGGCCACAACCAGGGCUGGGCGUCAACGUGCCUCAACAAUGGAUGUACAAGGAGGCGGUGUCCCCACAACUAUUCAACGUGUGGCAAGUCACUUGGAUCCCAACGCACCCAUUCGCCUGCAACCCAGUCCUGCAUACUACCCGCCUCCGCCUGAUGGAUACGUCGACCCAAACAACGCUAAUCAGCGACGGCGUGGUAGCCGUGCCACUGGGCAAGGAAACCAACGGAAUCGAGACUUUAUCCGCACCCUUGAGGAUGGCGUACUAGGUGACACUUACAUGAGUCAGAAUCAGUGGCACUAG